AUGGCAAAAAAAGUGAAACUACACGGACUCUUUGCGGUCAACAAACCACGCAAUAAAACAUCAGUCGAGAUCCUAGAAAUGAUAAACAAAGUAUUCAGAGCUCACGCAGCAGCAACACGAAUAGAAAUGACCAAACGAAAGGUAGUGAAACUGGGACAUGGGGGAACUCUGGAUCCUAUGGCCACAGGUGUGCUGGUGGUGGGUGUAAAUGACGGCUGCAAAGAAAUAAAAAAGUACACUUUUUGUGAUAAGGUCUAUGAAGCUGUUGGUAUGUUUGGUAUUUCUACGAAUACAAAUGAUUCGGAGGGGAAAAUUAUCCAACGCGCGCCUACUGAACAUAUCACGCGCGAAAAAUUAGAAGCACUAUUACCGAAAUUUGUUGGCACAAUAAAUCAAGUACCACCAUUAUUUUCAGCGAUUCAUAUGGACGGUAGACGACUUUACGAUUAUGCUCGUUCCGGUGACGAAUUGCCACGCGAUAUAGAACCGCGGUCAGUGAUUAUUCAGUCGAUAAAUCUUUUGGAUUUUACUAGAGAACAUAAAUACUCGGAACCCACAGGAACAUCGUCAGACUAUAACGAGGAUUUCGAAGACGAAACAAAAACAAGAACAGAAGCAAUAGCAGGAUCAGAAAUUGAUAAUAACAAUAAUAAUGAGCUUACAACGAAAAAAGGAUUCCGACGACAAUAUGUAAGGCCAAAAAGACGCGCUAUUCCCGAAAAGAAACAAGAAGAUGAUGAAAAGACAAUAUAUCCGAUAUUCAAAAUAAACGUCAAAUGUGGCAGCGGAACCUACAUACGAUCACUGAUUCGCGAUAUUGGCGAAGGAGUGAAUAGUGUGGCGCAUAUGGUUGAACUUGUGAGGUUAGAACAAGGCGAAUUUAAAUUGGGCGAGGAUGUUUUGGAGUUUGAAGAUUGUCUAGAGUUUGAUAAUAUUUAUGAUGCUAUUAAUAACCAUAAUCGAAAAUUGAGGCAGUUAGAAUAUAGUCAAAGAUAUUGA